AGCAUAUAUUUAUGUGAGGAGGAGUUGGAGACAGGAUACAUAGGGAGGCGAUAGGCAUAGCAAUAGAGAACAGGAAAGAGGGAAGAGAGAAGAGAGAUAGGGAAUGAAAAGCAUGAAGGGCUAUGAGCCCCGUUCCAGUUCUUCCUGCGCUGCCUGCAAGCUCCUCAAGCGUCGCUGCACCCCCACCUGCAUCUUCGCUCCCUACUUUCGCUCCGACGAGUGCAAGAAAUUCGCCAAGGUCCACAAGGUCUUCGGCGCCAGCAAUGUCAGCAAGAUCCUCUUUGAGGUCCCCGAGGACCAGCGGGAGGACACCGUCAACUCCCUCGCCUAUGAGGCCGACGCUCGCCUCAAGGACCCGGUCUACGGUUGCAUUGGCGCCAUUGCUCUCCUCCAGACCAAGAUGUUCGAGCUCCAGCACGACCUCGCCCUCGCCAGGGCUCGCCUCGCUCGUUAUUCCUCCGCCUCCGCCUCCGCCACCGACGCCUUCCUCGCCUUCCCUUCUUCUUUCGACGAUACCUUCCCCGCUCACCCGGCCCUGCCUCCUUUCCCCGACUCUUCUUCCUCUUGCUGCGACGUCGACGACGGCUUCUCCUCGUCCCAGGUUCAGUUAUCGAGCCGACAUGAUAUGGUGGAUGAUUUUUUCCAAACCCCAUAUAUAUUUUGAAUUCUCAUGCUCUCGGUGAUUUCCCUGUGUGAUUGUGGUUUGUUAUGGAUUGGAUUCGAGAAAAUCAAAACAGGGCACUCUGUUAUAUAUAUGUGUGUGCUGAUAUAAAUAAAAACUCCUUGUGAAUCAUGGAA